UAUGCUCAGUACGCAGUACGGUUGUCCUUGUUGUUGACUCGAUGAACUUGGGAUAAGCUGGUCCAGGUCACUGUUAAGGGUGCUGAACAUGACUUGCGAACGUCUGCCCCAUCCGCAUUAUUUGGAAGGGGCUCGGGUGGACCUCCUCAAGCACAUUCACGAAUGGCUAGACAACUGCGAAGAAGGCCGAAUCACCUGGUUGCAUAGCACGACGGGCGUCGGAGAGUCUGUUGUUGCGGUCACUGUAGCUGAAAGGAUGAGUCGUCUGAAAAUGACAAAUCGGUUAGCGGGAACAUUCUUUUUCUCUCGAGCUGGCACACAACUGCGAGUCGUCUCUUUGCGACUGCUGUGCUUUAUAAAUGCAUAGAUUCCCUACUAGAAUCCCUCAGUCAGUCCACAACCGAGCCUGGGCUCCUGGUUGAAACCGA